GGGAAGGCGGCACCAAUCUGUUUCUGCUUCUCUUCCUGGGUCAGAUCCUCCAUUGUGAGCUGGGAGCCCGGACUUAGCAGCGAGGGGAGAGACCGGCAUUAACCCCCCCUCUGUGCCUAACCCAGGUGGGGACUUUCUCUGGUGGCUGGAACCAGCCCCCUGGGGCAGCCCCGGGCUCUGCUGACCUCAGCUGGAGACUCCAGAUGUCGGUGACCUUUGAGGAGGUGGCUGUGUAUUUCACCCAGGGGCAGGGGGCUCUGCUGGGCCCUGCUCAGAGAGCCCUCUACAGGGACAUCAUGCAGGAGAACUACGAGACAGUGAACUCGCUGGAGGAGUAACCCAGUUGUAAUGGAUCACUGAGCACCAGGGGCUCACUUCAGAGAAGGAAAACUUGCAGACAGCAGGUGAAGAGAUGCUGAGUGAGAAUGAAGAGGAGAAUCUCCAGUAGGGAACCCCUAAGCAAGUGGGACGUUAUCAGGAAGAUCUAAAUGGAAUGGUUCCUGGAGCAUUGACCACGGAUAAUCUUGUGAGAAUCAUUACAGGUCAGAGGGACAGCAGAGAAACCAAUUGUGGAAGGAAGUAAUUAAAUCUAUUACUUGUGGGGAAUGGUGCAAAGACCUCAAGAAAACCACAGCCCAGCAGAGAAUCCACACACAAGAGAAAAAAAACACACACAACGCACGGCAAAAACUUCAGUUCGAGAUUGCACUUUAUUAGACACCAGAAAACCCACACAGGAGAGAGACUCUAUAAAUGCUUUGUGUGUGGAAAAAGAUUUAGUGACAACUCGCACCUUAUUGGACAUCAAAGAAUUCACACAGGUUUGGCAUCAGAAGCACACUUUAUUACGCAUUAGAGAAUACCCACACAGGAGAGAAACCAUACAAAUGAAUUUAUGGUGAGAAAACAUUUUUUUUCAGCGCUCACAUCACAGAAUCCAUACAGGAGAGAAAACACAUAAAUGCCAGGCCUGUGGGAUAAAUUUAAAUCGGAGGUCAAACCUAGCUUGAUAUCAGAGAGCUCAUACAGGAGAGACGCCCUAUAAGUACCUUACUGUGGGAAAAAUUGUAGUGACAACUCACAACUUAUUACACAUCAAAGUGCCCAUAUGGGUGAGAGACCCUAUAAGUGCUUUGACUGUGGGAAACGUUUCCUUCAGAGCGCACAUCUUAUUGCGCAUCAGCGAACCCAUACAGGAGAAAUGCCCUAUAAAUGCCCCGACUGUGGGAAAAGCUUUAAUCGAAGUUCAAACCUGGAGAGACACCAGAUAGUCCACCUACAAGAAAAACCACAUAAAUGCUUUGACUCUGGGGAAAAGGUUAGUGAUAAGUCACAACUUGCUCCACAUCACAGAAGCCACUCAGAAGCAAAACCGUAUGUAUGCAAGGACUGCGGGAACAGUUUCAUUCAGAGCUCAGAUCUUAUUGUGCAUCAGAGAGUUCAUACAGGAGAAACACCCUAUAAAUGCCCCGACUGUGGGAAAAACUUCAGUCGAAGUUCAAAUCUUACUAGACAUCAGAGAACCCACACAGGGGAAAAAACCCAUAAAUGCCUGGACUGUGGGAAAAGUUUCAUUCAGAGCUCAGAUGUUAUUGUGCAUCAGAGAAGUCAUACAGGAGAAACGCCCUAUAAAUGCCCCGAUUGUGGGAAAGGCUUCAAUCGAAGUGCAAACCUUACUAGACACCAGAGAAUCCACAUAGGAGGAAAAGUGCCUACCAGCCUCGACUCUGGGGAAAAGGUUAGUGAUAAUUCACAACUUACUACACAUCACAGAAGCCACACAGGAGUGAAACCGUAUGUAUGCAAGGACUGUGGGAACAGUUUCAUUCAGAGCUCAGAUCUUAUUGUGCAUCAGAGAGUUCAUACGGGAGAAACACCCUAUAAAUGCCCCGACUGUGGGAAAAACUUCACUCGAAGUUCAACCCUUACUAGACAUCAGAGAACCCACAGAGGGGAAAAAACCCAUAAAUGCCUGGACUGUGGGAAAAGUUUCAUUCAGAGCUCAGAUCUAAUUGUGCAUCAGAGAAGUCAUACAGGAGAAACGCCCUAUAAAUGCUCUGACUGUGGGAAAUAUUUCACUCGGAGUUCCAACCUUACUAGACAUCAGAGAAUCCACACGGGGGAAAAACCCCAUACAUGCCUGGAGUGUGGGAAAAGUUUCAUUCAGAGCUCAGAUCUUAUUGCGCAUCAGAGAAUCCACAUGAGAGGGGAAAAACCAUAAAAGGCUCCACUUGUGAGCAAAAGUUUAGUAACAAAUCACAUCUUACCACAGACUGGAUGACCGAUGUUGGAAAAAGCCCUUAUUAAUCCCUGGAUUGUGGGAAAAGUUUCCGUCAGAGUUCAGUUCAUAUUUCACAUUAAAGGAUCCACAUGGUAGAGCGACUGUAUACAUACUCCAAAUGUGUGAAAUGUUUCAUUGACAGCUCACAGCUUUGUAUACAUCAGAUAGUCCAUGCAGGAGAGAGACCCUAUAAAUCAGUGGUUCUUAACCUUUCCAGCCGACUGUCCUCCUUUCAGGAGCCUGAUUUGUCUUGCAUACCCCAAGUUUCACCUCACUUAAAAAUGACUUGCUUACAGAAUCAGACAUAAACACACAUCCUCUCCCAAGGCCCCCUCCCUCCUGCCUGUGGGGUGUGUCUACACAACAGUGUAGGUCUGACCUCAUAUUCAUGCCCAACCCCCAAUUCCGUCUAUACACAAAUUUGCCUGACUUAGGCCAAUAAGCCCUUGGAACCUGGGCCCUAGGACCCGAAAAGGGGGGUGGGUGGGUUUGAGCCCAAGUCCUAUUGGAACUCGGGGUUCACACUGUAUCAUUUUGCAGUGAGGACUUAGCUAGGGCCCAGGUCUUCAGACUUGUGUUCUGGGUAUCCACUAGUGCUACCCUACAAUCCCAUGGGCCACUUGGUGUUUGGCCCUGCCAUUGUUUUCUCUGACCCCUGAGCUGCAAACAGAGAGAUCUCCGGUGUUAGCUACAGCCACCGGUAAGAGGAAGGCCUUUGCCCAGUGCGUCGGCCAUGGGACCACCAUCAGAUUCUGAUCCAUCUGUGGUGUGAGGCAAGCCAGACAUUUGAGGUCAGUCGGAGCAACGGAAAUGACCAGGUGUACCAGAAAAUAGCGGGCAGCCUGGCAGAGUUGGGGAUUAAACAGACCCGUGACCAGUGCAGGGAGCCAGGGCUGGCUUUAGGGGUGGGCGGGCUGGGCCACUGCCCAGGGGGUGCUGUGCUCAGGAGGGCGCCGUGCUGGUCCCUCCCCCCCACCUGACCUGCCGACAGCUAGUGGGCUUAGAGGCAGCCAGUUAGGUGCAGCAGCGCCUGGAGAGGGCAGACGGACUAAGCUGUAGGGGGGGCAGCUGGACCAGCCUUAGGAUGACCAGAUAGCAAGUGUGAAAAAUCAGGACAGGAGGUGGGGGUUUAUAGGUGCCUAUAUAAGAAAAAGCCCCCAAAAUCAGGACUGUCCCUAUAAAAUCGGGACAUCUGGUCACCCUAACCAGCCUGGUAAUUCCGCCAAAGCAGGGAUGCCCCUCCUCCCCCGCUGCCCUGCUCCACUGGGUCUACAGCCACUGCUGCUUCUGCCACCCCCACUCCCACCCCCAUGGAGUCACCCCAGCCAAGCUCGGGACCUGGAGCCUGCCUCCUGUCUGCUGUGCAGCGUGGGGGUGGGGCUGGGGGGCUCUGAUCUCAGGGUGUUCCCCUCCCCACACCUGCGUACCGAGUCUCUGCUGAGCUGGGGGUCAAGGGGAGCAUGUGUGUGCUGGUGUCUCUGGGUGCGGAGUGGGUGCUGUCGAUGCUGUUGUUCCAGGUCCUGAAUGCGCUGCUUAAAGAGACACACUCACUCUGGCACACUCACACUUCCCCGAUACACACACACAGACACACAGUCUCUCAGACACUUCCCCAACACACACACACACACACAGACUCUCUCACUCCCCCAACACACACACACACACACACACACAGACUCUCUCACUCCCCCAACACUCUCGCGCACACACGCGCAUAAUAUUGUUGUUCUUGUUGUUACUUCUUGGUACUUCAAGGCACCUAUAUUCUUUGUAAUUUUAUUCUUUCCAAGUUCGUUAAGGAUCACAGUGCUGUUAUUUUAGUUUUUUAACUGGUCUGUGCAUUUCAUCAUUUUUUUUUCUCUUAUGCUUAAAUUUAAUUCUUUGAGUAGUGAGUUCUAAAAUCCUAACCUGUCCUGGCGGGAGUACUUAUCAUUAGUACUUUUAUUACCAGAUCGUGCUUUGUCAUUCAUUAUUUAAAGUAGUACAAUCAAAUAAAAGUGCCCUCCUAGAAUGUAAAUGUAGCUUGUAGUCACCUGAGCAACGCCAGUUCAACAAAAAAAAUUAGCUAAACACAUAACUGUAGACACUGUGCAGAUGAAGGGCACUUAUUUUCAAAUGGUAUUUUUAGUUAUAUCUGUAAAAUAACUUCAAAUUAAUAGGAAAAUAAAUGCGGUUCCGAGUCUGAUACUAAUAGUAAUGAUGGAGUCAAAUGUUAGUGAGUCACGUACGUGAUUGCGAUCGGUAAAUAUAAACGCCAAAAUAAUUAGAAAACUAAAUUCCCGUUCUUAAUAAAAGAGGGGGAAAACCCUUACUCGCAUAUGUUAAAAUUAAGUAAAUACGUUUUGAGUGGAGUAUAAAACAAUUGACUAAAAUAGAGGAGAUAGUGGCAGUAACACACUGGGUCUGUUAGAGAAAGCAAGCAGAUUUUAAGCAGAUUUUAUUUAUUUUUAUUUCUGUCUCCUAAAGAUAAUCUGCAAAGUAUCACACUUGUGUUUCUGAUGCCUGUGUUAAAGUUCCAGAACUGAUCCCUCAAGGCUUGGGAUUGGGAAUAUCUUGCUGUAUCGUCUCCUGAUUGUUCUAAACUUCCAUAUAAACUUAAAAUGUGGCUUUAA